AUGCUAUUUUUGAGCUUUCCAUUGCUGUUAUGGCUGUGCCAGACCGCGCUGGCGCAAUAUUCCAGCGAUGAUCUCAUGUCAUUCGUUACGCUCCCCGAUAUUCGGGCAGUGAAAUUCGAUGUCCACUACGAAAACCGCGAGCGCAUUAGCCCCGGUUACUGGUUCGUCGCUCCCUACCUACACAUUGGCCCCGACCCACCGUCGACCUUGUACGAGCAAUAUCAGAUCGGCCCGCAUAUCUACGAUGGUGAAGGGCGCCUUAUUUGGACUGGCUCGCAACAGUUCGACAACCGGAACGUCUUUGAUUUCAAAGUCGUCAACAGUCUGGGCCCUGACCCAUACCUUUCGAUGAUCUUGCAAAACUCGUGGGAUUCGAAAAUAGACUCUGGGUAUGGGUUGAUCUUGACCAAUGAUUAUCAAGUCCAACGAAAGCUUCCUUUGCGGAGGGACCUCGGUGCUUUUGAUAUCCAUGAGUUCAACAUCCAGGACGACGGUAAGACUGCGCUGGUCACGAUCUACCUUUCGCAUGAGAUUACCCUAGAAGAAUUUGGUCGCCCGGAAGAGUCUACUUGGCUUGAGACCGGCGGGUAUGCUGAGAUCGAUCUGAACACCGCCGAGAUAGUCCAGUGGUGGGACUCUUUUAAUCGCAUUCCUCUACCCGAGACCGUCCAUUACACCCCAUAUUCUCCAGUAGAGGGACACCCUGGCUGGGAUUAUGUGCAUAUUAACUCAGUUGACAAGAAUGAGAUUGGGGACUUCUUGAUUUCAUCACGGUUUACGAACACCAUCUACCUCAUCUCCUGUAUAGAUGGAAACAUCAUGUGGCGAUUGGGUGGACAACAUAGUGAUUUCGAGCAAGAUUUCACUUUUUCAAAGCAGCAUGACGCAAAAUUCAUUGAGUCUAAUGGGACACACCAUAUAAUCUCAUUUUUGAACAACGCCUCGGACGAGGAAUUCAACGAGGAAAAUAUCUCAUCAUCCCUAUUUGUCGAGUUGGAUACCGGCGCGAGACCCAUGACCGCAAAAGCCAUCCGGCGCUACAACCGCCCCGAUCACCAGCUUUCGAGACUCCGCGGCAAUACCCAGCUACUUCCGAAUGACAAUGUGUUCACCUGCUGGAGCAAAGAGGGCUAUAUUUCCGAACAUGCCGCCGAUGGAGAGCUAUUGAUGACCGCCAACUUCACCUCCUCACGCUAUUCAUCCUACCGCGGGUACAAAUUCGAAUUCAUCGGUCGCCCCACAGCGCCACCAGACAUGGUAGCGUCAGUCUACGGCACCGAUGAAACCAACAUGGUGACCACGUUCUGGAUCAGCUGGAACGGCGCGACGGAUGUCGCAGAGUGGCAUUUCUACGCGCAAGCCUCUGAAUUCCACGACCCUGUCUUUAUCGGCAAGACCCCGCGAUCCGAUUUCGAAACCAUGUAUAUUGCCCGCGGAUAUCUGGACUGGGUAUCUGCCGAGGCAGUAGAUGUCAAUGGUACCGUCUUAGGCAAGUCCGAAAUGCACCGAAGCAAAUCCCCCGACUGGAAGUCUGUCGGAUACAGAGGGAAGUCAACCACACCCAUCCCGGUUGACCCAUCGAUCAUCUACCAAGCGAGCGAUAGCGCAGCAGGAGACAGUGUAGUUAAUGAGUCUAACCGCACAUCAUCGGAUGCAAUCGAUACCCAGACACAGAAGACCACCCAAAUCCUCAAGCAUACUUACGAUGCUAUCCGCAGCAUUAGCGGUAUUUUCUCUUUUGUUUUGCUUCUUUGUCUGUUUGUCAGCGUUAUGGUAUGCUAUAUGGUCAUCCGUGGCUGGCGCGUCCGGGUCUACCAGCGUCUUCCUUCGGAAGAUGGGUUACCAGGCGAGCGGGUGCGUCUUGCAUCGCCACAUGAGGAUUGA